CCAAGGCUGAUUCUCCGGUGCGCAUUGUAUAUUUCCCUUUUCCCCUUGACUCCUACAUCGCCAUUUGCGCAAAAGCAUAAACAUUCACAGCUUUUAUAUGUGUACAACGUGUACGAAUAUAUAUGUAUAUAUACACGUGAGUAAAUACACAGCCGCAGGUUUCAUAGUGAGUGAAAAAUAAUAUCGUAACGCAGUUCGUCGCGCGUCAAGUGUAUAAAGCUGUUUCGCUGGUGACUUUUGUACACACGUGCAUAUUUCUGUGUAUUCGGUGAUGAUUGGUUGGCGAGUGUCAAGGGGAGGGGAAGGGACCCACAAAAAGCUUGCUGUUGUUAUUUCAUCGAUCAUCAAGAGACUGUGAGUGAUGAAAUAGCGCAGGGAUUAUCGGUCGAGGGAUAAUUCAUUGUAUACGCGUGUUCGUGUGUUGUGUGCAUAUCUCUCUCGCUGAUUAAUUUUGAAUCACACACAUAGUAAAAGACAAUCAAGAGGUUUGGAACUCUGCUAUCCGUAGUGCGCCGUGUACGAAUUGUGGAUUCUGUAAAUAUUGCCGCGGAUAUACUGUACGUGAGAGAAAGAGAGACGGAGAUAAAGAAACGGAAGGUUGAGUAGGAAUCUUCGAUUAAUAUUUUAAACUCGGAUUUCUGUUUUAUUACAAAUUUCGUGUACUAUAAAAUCGAACUAAUGACGAAAGAUAUUGAAGCGGUUUCGUCCCUUUGACUCGAACGAUCGAUACCUUGUCAAGGGAACACGGGCGCGUGUGUGUUUAUGUGUCUGUGUAUGUGCGUGUAUGUGCGUAAGUGCACACGCGUUGAUGUUCUGUAUGUGUAAUGUUUUCAGCGAACGAUUCGCCUUUUUUCCAUUCGUACGGAACUAAACGCAAUUUUGUGUCCCGUUGCUAUACAUCGAGCACGGAACACGCGAAGUUUUCACGACUUUCCGAGCCCCGCAGUAGCGUGACGUAGUCCUAAAAUUGUUGCAAGCGUUGCCCGAGACGAUGCUGCAAUUGUGAUUAUUGUACAUUUGUAAACGUACGUCUUCUCACUCAUACAUUCACGCGUCUUCUUUCUUUUUCGAUCCGUCUUCUGUUUCUCAAAAGGCGAUCAAAAGCGCCCUGCUGCGACGGAAAACAAUAUUAAUCUCACUUUUUUUUCUUCGUAUUUUCGAGAUGUCGAGAUAAAAAAAGAAGGGAGGGAAAGAAAAAAGCAUCGGACCGUGUGCGAACGAUCCUCGCGACCCUUUUUUCUUCCAAAGGCAAUUCCUAUACAGUGUGAAAAUAAACCAAAACCGUUGACGAAAUCACACAUAAAUAAAUAAAUAAUUGUCGUGAAAAAUGCGACAGGGACGUGAUUUAAAUAUUCCCGGUGGCCAUUUUGAAUUUAUCAAUCUUCCAUUUGAUUCCGAGCAAUUAAAAACUGAUAUUCCAUGUUCCAACUUUACAAGGGCACGCAUGUCGAUAAAAAGUUUCUGAACGUUUUAUUUUCUUGCAACGAAAGCCCAAUUUUAUAAACAUAUUUAUCGCGAUUUUUCGGUGUUAUUGAGAAUCUUGUGUUUGUUUGUGUUCGUUUCUUUUUUUUCAAUCAAUGGUCACGGCUGUGCAACUGCUUUCAUUUUUUUCGCAUCGACAAACGAAGGACUCAAAAGAUUUGACAGAAAUAAAAGAAUCAUGAAAAUGGAAACGUCUUGCUAAUCGACAAAGCCGUACUAUUUUCCCAUCGAACUGGAUGUGUAGUGCGACGGUGAACAUUCUUAAUGGAAAACGAUCGUUUAUUUAUUCAUCCCGUUGGUGAAAAUACAAAUCGUUAGGUAAAUCACAAGUCGAAGUAUACGUAGUGUAUUUUUGAGGUUAAAAAUCUCAGCGCCAUCGCGCGCGUGAAUAACGAACAGUGUUAAAACAGAGAAGGACAAAAAGUGAGAAAAAGAAAGAGUUAUAUCUCGUUCUUUACUGAACAUCCCUGUGCGUGUCAUUUCUUCCAAUUUUUCUAAAAUUAUGUCAAAACAACCAAGUUUUCUUGAGCACUGACAGAUCUUCGAAUACUUAACCUCUCAAACCUUGAUCCUUUCAACUUUUCAAUUCCAAAGAAACAAAAGACAAAAAAGUGUGGGCUUCGGGGCUGAUUGGACAGUGCCAUUUUUGUGUAUUUUUUUUUCUCCCGUGGUGUGUGUAUACGUGUCCGUGAACGAGUGCGCUAAUGUUUAUGCCAUAAACGCAAAACUUCGGGUAGGCGCGAAAUCGUGGUUUUAACCUCAAAACUUUCGUCUGCGUACUCUCGGUCGGGGAAUCGAAAAAUUUGGGCAUUAAAAAUUACGUGGCAGAUCUGCCGCCCAUUUUGGCACGACGGACGGAACUGUAGGAAAGUGAAAAAAAGAAAACAACAAAAACGUGACAGAAAUGUCGGACUUUUGAGAGCCAAACCCGCGCCCGAUGUUUCGAAAUAACUUAUCGUCGUAAGUUUUCGUGCGCCGGGCGUUUUUUUUUUACGUGUGUGAAGGAAUGCGACUUUUUCCAACGUUCGCCGUUGCUUUCAACAUUGACACGUCGCAGGAACUGAAUGUUUUAAAAUUUAUUUAUUAAUCGUUUAUUUUUUUACGAUCGAUCAAUAGUGUAUGGGGACAAGACACGCCGGAAGUGGCUUUCCCGAAAUAACACCGAAUAAACGUUUCUCGAAAACGUUACUGUUUCGUGUUUUUUUUUUCUUUAUUAUUUUCGAUCUCUUUUCUCUGCUGUGUUUCUUACGUCGUCCAUGUUGAAGAAAAGCGACAGAGUCACCCGGCUACCGGGAAAGUUUCGCUCUUCUGACAGUGAUAUUUGAUUAAAAAAAAAAAGUAAACAUGACGAAUUUGCUAUGAGCACGGCCAAUACUACGGCUUUGUCAAUACCCAUGAAAAUGGCCCCAGGGCCGGAUAAUCGUCAAGAACCCAUGGCCCCUGAUCGUAUUGACGAGAAAUUAUCCGACAUCGUGACAACGACAAACGUGACACCGAAUCCGGACGUUGCUGUUGCAGCAGUCGCCUCAACAGCGACAACGUCUACCACCGCAACUAUCGCUCUUGUUCCUUCUGCCAAUAUCAACAAUCAUCCUGUCACAUCCUCUUUGUCCAGUGAAAUUAUCGCUAAUUCUACCGGCUCCGACAAUACCGAAUGUAAUUCCAAUCCCAACACUAACGUUCUCCCCACCGCUGAAAAUAAGCAGGAAGAACCUGCCAGCGUUUCCAAUCUGAACGACGGCGAACUUCGAGCCUUGCUUAACGAAGCGUACACUUACAAGUCUCCGAAGGACCGUGAAGGCAAAUCGAACCUUUUCAAGGAACUUCUGCACGAGGCCGAAGCUGAUGAAACUGAGGAGAGACGACGUAUCGUAGCAAGUUCACGUUGCAUACCCGGCUCAAAUCGGCGGAGACACAAACGGGAUUCGGUCUCCGAACGCUUGACACACGGUGGAUCGUUGCAAAAUUUAGCACAGCCGAUUAAUUCGGAAUUCGACAGCAGUUUCGCCUAUCUCACUUCGGGCUCGAGUCACACUUACGGCGGUGGUAGGAGAAAAGGCAAAAAACACACUGGACCGAGUGUCUCGGCGAGACAACGCGAGGGCGGAUCUUUACCAUCCAACGUGAACGCAUCGCACAGUCUUGCCUCUUUGGCCAAUUUAGAUAUCGUAUUUGACAAAAAGAAGAGAUAUUCCGAGGAGCGCUCCGUGUACGACUGGACAAACAAGGAAAAAUCAAAAUCUUUGGAUAAACCAUCGUACGGCUGUGUUAAAAAGGAGGAAAAGGAUAAGAAGGAGGGUGCUAAAUGCAACGUUGUACCAAGCGAUACCGAGCUUGAAUUACGUGAGAAGAAGAGUGUCAAAGGAAAAUCAGCGACAAAUGAGAUGCUUGAGUCAGAUAACCCACCACCUGAGUACAAACCUGAUUAUAUGGUUAUCGAUUUCGAUUUCGAGGUAGACGCAAUUAGUGAUCGAAAUGCCAUUACGUCGACCGGUGGGUCACAGCGACCACAUUCGGUAGAUACCGAGGAUGACGAGGGUACAGAGAUGAAAAUAAUCGAACCUCGCCGAGUCGUACAGGAGGUUGUACCACGAGGAAAUUUUGGGACUCCCCAGACUCCCGUUGACACGGCCAUUGAAUUCCCUCUGCGAGAUCAAACGAGCAAACAAACGGACAAGUCGAAAGCUUUGUCGUUGAACGGCACGGAGGCUACCGGAGCGACGCCAAUUCAAACUUACAAUAGUGUGAAAUGCGUUGUCAGCGGUACGGUUAAUCUAACGAGCACACAACAGGGAAAAGUGAUAAGUUCGAGCUUGUAUUCGGUGAUGCCUUGGCCGUCGCCUAACAUAGCCAUGGAAGCUGUCUCCCGACUAACGGCACAACACAUUCCGUCCGGUGAGAAAAAGUCUCUCGAUGAGAACGGUAAUGCCGUGCAAGGUCACAAUGGCGAACGUAAAAAAGCACGAAGAAAGCACACUCAAGAGCCUAACGUAAUCGUUUAUAAAGCCGAGAAUGUCGAGGGACAUCGUAAUAUCGAGGAUAUCGACACAAUCGUUGAAUUCAUCGAGAACAAAGAGUCUAAGGGGAAAAAAGGUAAGGCCAGCAACGCCGUAAGAGUUAAAGCGACUUCGGGCACGAAACCAAGAACCAGAGAAAAGGACACCAAAAGGGAACAAUUACCUGCCAAACUACAAAAGUCGAAUUCACUCGAAGAAAUAUCCAAAACCAAAUUGGAGGAUCUUACGGCUGAAAAAAGCACUUCUUCCAGCGGUGCAAGCAGUAUAUCGAGUCAACAUGGAGCCAUAAACGUUGCUCUUCGCAGAGCGAAGCAACGCAGCACCGGAGAUUCGACGGUUGAUUCUCGUGGCGAUCGAAGAUCCUGGGGAACUGAGGAGGGUCAAUCAAUAUAUUGCAACGAUACUGGCGACGAUUAUACAACACGCAGAAAUUCAACGAAAAAGAUGAGCAACGAGGCCGAGACUGAGACAGAGUUUUUGGUGGUCACCAAGAAAAAGAAGAGCAAAAAACAGCGUCGUAGCUCGAGCGGAGGCAGAGCACAAAAUUUGGGGAGUUCAGGUUCUUAUCUUCAAAGAACUGGGGGUUUUUCAAACGACUAUCGAACUCCGUUGUCACCGGAACUACGAAGAAAAUCGACAAGCAGUAUGCCACCGAGCGACAAGUCUGACAGCAGCGACUUGGAUUCCGUUCAUUCGCUUCCGGUGACUUCGAAUUCAUCGAAGCAUAAUUCAACGAAAAAUGCGAGCCCAUCAGGUGGAGGAGCACCACAAGCGAGUUACGCGGACAUAGCAAGGACCGCAACAAUUAAUAUGUCUCACGGUGGUGUAUUGAACAUUUCGACGAUGGUGCCAAACAUGUUGAAUACAGGUUCGUGGCCGAGUGUACCCGCAAAAUCGCCCUCGGAGCCUGACAAAUUUCCACAGGAUUAUUAUCCAAGCCUCGACGAGUUACAACAGUCUGACCGUAAAUUACGUCAACAUACAUUUGCUCACACGAACCACGUGCACGGUCUGAGCCUAAGUUUCGACAAGCCGCCAUCGCCGAUUCUCGCUAAAACAAAAAAUUCAACGGAAACGAAAAAAGCCGCUGCAGAAGCGCGCGAAGAAGCGAUCAACAAGAACAUACAAGUUUUCAAGUACGUUCAAGACAUUGAGAAAAUGCAUCAGAGCUUGUCAAACCAAGAACAAACGACAAAAAACGUUUCAAACUCGGUUGCUAAUCCCCUUACGAACAACAAUAACAACGAGGCCAUUAUGAACAAUUCCUCAUUACCAAAAUUCAAUAGCACGACAAUCGUAAGCGCCAACACUUUGCCCGAUAACGAAGUCAAUAAUCCUCACGAUAACACUAUCACGACCAAAGACGCUAAUGCGAAUAGUAGACUUAAUUAUAAUCGUUCGCGAAGGAAUUAUCAACAAACGAGUCAGACCAUGACUCAACACAAUCAAACUACGCUUCAAGAAACAGUUACGCGAAACGAGCCACCAAAGUCAGCCGGUAAUUCCAACGUUGUUAAUGAAACGAAGAACACGUCAACGUCUGUAACACCACUCGUGAAUCAUCAAGACGACAAAGAUUCGAAGAAACCCUCGAAUCCUCACAACUCUUCCACAUCAUCGCAGGACGAGCUCGUUGACAAUACGAAAACAACCAAGGUCCUGGGAAAUACGAGAACAAAUCUCCAACACACCAGUCCUCCGAGCGACCUGGACAACUCCAAAAGUUGCACGAAAACCGAGCGGCUCUCGAGAACUCUCAAGGAUCAGCAACCAAAUAUCUCUAAAUCGGAGACCAUCAAAACCUUGAGUACGACAAACUCCAAACGCGAUCGUCCCGAUCAAAGUGUCGAAGCAAAACAACGUUCUAAACAACAUCAACAACAGACCGGCUCUAAAACGGAGAAGGAAACCACCUCGCGAAAAAAUGCCCCGGAUUCUCAGCAACAAAGUUCGAAUAGUCGAAAUACUUCGUCGAGACCGCCGGUUAUUCUCAUGGAUGAGAAUUCCUCCGAUCUUACCAGAACCACCGAUUCACCCAGCGAACUUACUUUCGGGUUUGAAGUCAACGAACAACUUUUGCUCUCUGAGGAUAACGAAGAAAUUCCCAAUGAAGAAAUCGCCACUUUUCCCAAAGGAAAAACACAAUUGUUCAACAAACCACCGCCAAACUUCGACAGAUCAAUGUUCGAUAAACAACAUCAUCAGCAACAACAACAUCUAAGAUAUGACAAGUUUCCGCCCAACUUUGCUACCCAUCCACCACACAUGCAGCAACACCAUCAUCAUCAUCACCAUCAUCAUCACAGUAUGCCUCAUCCUCAAACCAUGAUUACACCGAUGCCAUAUUUCGGUUAUACACCGAGAUUUCAGCCACUGCCUGCUUUUCAACAUCAACCACCACCGCUACCACCACCACCACAACCGACUAGUAUUAUGGAAAAGUAUAAUCAUCAACCUAAAGAAGACUUCUCCGCUCGAUUCGUCGCACCCGAGGAAACUGUCAACGUUCAUAAUUACAAUCAUGACAAAAUCGUUACCUUCGUUGGAUUGGCAUGGGACGCAGUGAUGCGCGAGAUACCAGCGACAUCAGCAACCGGUCGAAUCCAGUACUACAGUGGACAGUGAACUAGCGCGCGUUACUGUUACGUACGAGGAAAGAGAAGGAAAUUAUUCAAAGAACGCUCGUUGCGAUGAAAAGUGAGAAAAUUGUGUGGAUCCGUGAAAAAUACGGCGACGCAUUCUUACGUGGCUGAACAAAACUAAGGUUUUGGUCAUGACUUUAGACACGGGUGAGCAGAACGGUCUUGAUCGUGUAAAAUGAACAAAAAAAAAUCGUGAUAUACGUUUAAAAAGCGGAUGAAAAUGAUAAAAACAAAAACAUGUAAAAUAAACCCAUACAUUUUCCAAUAACUCGAAUCGUGCGGAGGUAAAAAACGUGGUACGAUAAACGUGUACAUAAGAGAACGGAGAGAGGGAAAUUACAAUAAUUCUUCAAAUCUUUCAACGAUGACCGUCGGGUAAAAAGAAAACAAAAGCGUCGUUCUUCAUUCGAGUUAUUCGAUGUAAGUGAAUCGAGUGUGUUGAUAAUUAUGACGUGAUAAUUGUUCGCGUGCUCGGUCAAAAUUCAUUCUUUCGAGCUAUCAGAAACGAGAAAACCGCGAAAUGGGUGAUUGUAAGAAUGAACAUUUUUUUCGAAUCUCUCGUCGUGAAGAACUACCCUAAAAUUUUAGAAACAAACGAUAAGAAGAACAAAAAACCUGAGUGUAAAUAUUUCAAGUUUAAAAGUAUAAGAAGACUCAAGAACAUUUUUUCCCCUCGGGGUUUCUUUCUGUGCGACUCCGAUCAGGAGAAUGCAUGCUGGUAAUUCGUGUCGCGAAUUUUAUCGAUCCCAUAAAGUUUUUCGAACGAAAUAUUUAAUCCGGCUGUAAUUCAAAGUCUCCUGAUUGUUGCGACGUUGGACAAACAGAAGAAGAAAAAUAAAACAAAAAGUUCGAAUACGCCGGAAGAAUUCGAAACCCAGAUAGAUUUAAAAAAAAAAAAUCGUGGCGGCGAGACCUUGUUUGGGAUAAGACUUGGAAAACAAAUAUUGAUGAUGCAAACGAUUAAACGCUUAAACAAACAAAAUUAUAUAUAUAUACAUAUAUAUAUAAUCAAAGAAAAAAGGAUUAAUUUCGGGUUUCGCAUUGCGGUCGACCACUGAAUUGUACGAACACUCCCUCUUCUCCGAAAAAAGGAGACAGGGGCAGAGAGAGGGGAAGAAAAUCUCCAUUAAAGACUCGGUGGGACGAUUCGAAGUUUGCCUUCGCGUUUAAAGAGAACAAUGAGAAUAGAGGGAAACAAAAAAAAUGGAUCAAAAACAUUUUAAUUGAAGGAUACAAAAUAAAUAUUAUCAACAGAACAAAUAUACGAUAAUAACAAAACAAACAAAAACAAUGAAGCCAUAGAGUCGUUUCCAGAUGAUGCUCGUGGGACAUUUGUGGAUCGACUAGUAUCACACAUAGACCUUUGUGUAUAAACGAAUAUAUAUGUAUGAAUAAGUACAUAUGUAUUACAGAUAUAUAUGAUGAUAGUGUGAGAUCGAUUGUGAAAUAGGUGAAACUGCUUCUUCCAUCAACGACGAACGUUUCAAGACUCGAUUGUGUGGAUCGUUGCGUGGUUGAACUAUAACGAGGGGAGAAAAAAGUGAAAAAACCUGAAGUUUCGGGUGAAACUAAGAAUGCUUAAGACUCGUCGAACCGUCAAGAAAAGACUUGACUUUGAAUUUAAAAACAAAACAAACAGAAAGCGAGAGAGUAGAAAGAGUGCGUGUGCGUGACUGAAAAAGCGCCGAGUUUUUAUUGAACGAACUCGCUUAUUUAAUUAACUAUUGAAUAAAUAACUAAUAAAAAAAGAUGAAAAAAAAUACCAUCAGAAAAGAAGAGAGAAGAAAAGAUUCAAACAAAAAAAAACAAAAAAAAACAAAAUAAAAUAAUUGAAUAAAAAAUAAAAAAAUAUAUAUGCUUGUGAUCAAUACGACUCGGAAGAGAGUAAAAAAUGACGGAUGUGAUCAGGCCGAGUUGUAACGCUAGUUGUUUACCACACUGCUUGCUGUUCGAACACGUGAGAUUUUUUUUCCAUUUUAUGGCUACUUGCGGAGUGUAUUUCCGACAAAUAUCCGUAAAUUAGCGCUAUAUCGAAUUCACCUAUCAUCAAAUCAAAAUAGUGUAUUGCGCCACUAAGAAGAUAUAAAGGGGACUUUUUCAAACCACGGGCAAAUCCCAAGCUUGUGGUUUGAGAUAGUCUUUUUUUUACUGUCGUAUAUCGCAUCCUAUUUUUCACCACAUCUUCGCGGAAAUUUCAACUUCCGCGGGGCAGAAAAGUGAACUUGUCGUGCAGAUGUGGUGAAAAGAAUACCUCGAUCCAAUUUCAAUUUUUCUUUGUUGUUUUUUUUUUAUUUUUAAAUUUUUUCCCUUCGAGGGUAAUUUGAGUCUUUACUAUUGCACAAUUUGUCAUUUGUUCGAAGAGACAAAACAGAUGAACAGUAAAAAUGGAUCUCAAAUCUCACGUUGACUUUAUAAUUCCUUAUCGUCAUUAUUAUAAUUCAUCAAUUUGAUUGGCCUAAUUCGUGACAAAUGGUGAUUAUUACUCAAAGAAAUAUUUCUGUCGUGUAAAUGAAGUUAUUUACUGAAAAUGAUGGUAUUGAUUCUCUCAUUGUGUGGCAAAUUUAUUUGGAGGAACUGCAAAUUUUUCGCGUCUGCUGAAGACGCCAAAAAAAUGGACUUGCUAAACUUAAUAUCAGUCUGCUUACACUUUCCUUCGACCUGCUGGCUGGGUCGAGCCGAACAAGUGCAUAAAAUGUUAAAAUGUUGUCAAAUCUCCGUCAAACGAUCCGCUCAUCGCUCGAAAGAAUGACUAAAUGUUUAAUUUUAAAUUGUUCGAAAUAAUUCGAUUGGUUUUGUUCCGUAGCAAAACCAAUCGAACAAACAACAAAAUUUAUGGAAAUCCAACGUCUUUUUAAUUAUUUCAUAGUUACACACUUCUUUCGCCUCAUUAAUUUCUAACCGUCCUACAUCGAUGUCAUACUUUUUUCCGAUCUUUUUCAUCGCGAGAAAUUCGACGCAACAACUUGACGAACCCGUGAGAAAAUAAUGUAAUGGAUAUUCAAAAACGAGACGUCAGCGGUUCGAACAGUAAACUAGUGAACAAAAAAUUAUAAAAAGAAAUAAAUGAAAAACAGAAAAAUUCACAACAACAAAAAAACUACAAAAAUGUGCAGUUAUGUGAGCGAUUGAAACAACUUUACGCCGGUAAUAAGAGAAAAUAUGGAUGGAGAAGUAUAUAUAUAUUGAGACAAAAGGAGAAGAGAAAAAAAAAUGUCAAACUACCCCGGGAUGAAAUUUUGCGUGCGAGAAUGUGGUGUGUAUCGUCUGUUUAGUAUUAAUUAUAAAUGAUACUUUUUUUUUUCUUUUCUCUCUCUCUCUCUCCUUUCUCACGCGAAUUAUGUCAAAGUCUUGUGUGCGAGAGAGAAUGAGAUAUCUCCGUUUAUUGUUUAUGGUUUUGUUUGAUUGUGCAGAGAGAAAAAGAAGAGAGUGAGAGUGAGAGAGACAGACAGAAUAUUGCGGUCAGAGCUGGGAACGCAGCCGGAAACGAAUAGAUCUUGAGAACGUUAAGAAUAAAAAUAUAUGAGCCUUGUUGCGUAGUGAAUGUAAAUCGAUAAAAAAAAGCAUACAUAUAUAAAUAUAUAUAAAUAUGCAUAUAUAUAUGUAAGUUUUUUUGUUAUAUAUGUAAAUAUAUAACAAAAAAUAAAACGCUUGAGGCAUAACCGAGAUGAUGGUGCGAUUCGAUCGAACGUUCGAUCCCACUAUCCCUCAUUUAAAAUAGUUUAUAUAAAUAGUGUCAAAAGCUUUAUUUAUAAUGUUUUAUACCAUCAAAACGACACACUUUUUUCUUUCCAUUUCCGUUGUAAUUUUUAUUUUAUUCUCCUUUGCACGAGAGCAUCGAGAUUUUAAUUUUUCUUUCCGGGUUUGUCGUUUUUUGAAAAAUGAGAGAGAAUCAGUUACAAAAGAGGUAAAAAAAUAUAUUCGUUGAAGCGUCAUAAUCGUUAAUUUUGAGAAGCAUAUCGAAAAACCUAACGAGCGUUUUGUUUUCGAUAUCAAAUUUUCCAGUUUUCGUACUGAUAAAUUUGUGGAUUCGAGAGUUGAAAAGAUGUCUGGACUGCACGGGAAUUUAUCCGAAAAUCCCAUACGUUUCCCCUGUCAGAAGUUUAAAUGUUCUUCAUAACACGAACGAUUGAGCCUAUCUCUCGUCGUUCAGUCUCCUGUCUCGUUCUUAUUUUCAAUAGACUUGAUCAAAACAUUGUUUCAUUUCGAUCACAGCCUUUUCUAUUGACCAAAUGUAAAAUAUUCUCAAUGGAGAUGCUCAGUUUUCGUUAUUUCAAAUCAAUGUAACUCCUACGAACACUUGCUUAUGUUUUUUGGACAAUAAACAACGGUAUUCGACGUCGUUUUCUUUCUUCAAUUCAUUUGGGAACGUCAGAUUUGUAAAACGAAGCAUGAAAUUACUCAACAACAUAAUAUCCGAACUAAUGAACAAAAAAAUAACGAGAACAAUCUCAACAUCUCAGCGAUGAUCGACAGGCUUUUGAAAAAUUAAAAAACGAAUAAGUACAAAUUGGUUUUUAUGUUUUUCUACGAAAUUUCGAUUCUCGAAAGGUCUCGAUUUCGUAAACGUCGCCAACAAUUCUAACUAUUCAAAAAUAAAAUUGAACAAACUAUAAAGUGUGAUUGACGAAAAAUCGGUCAACAAUAAACACGUUAGCCGAACAAACAAACAAACCCCUAAUCCUCGACCCUGAUCGAAUUUCUCAUAACAUUAUUUAUCUUUUUCUAGAUCGUCGUUUCCAAAAAGUACCCAAAACAUGUGCAAAAAUAUACUUUUCAUAAAAUCUCCAAGUAGAGUUGUGCGUUUUCUAAUUAAAAUCUCGAACGAUCUUUCAUUUCACAAAUUGUCCUGUAUCAUUUGUCGAUUAACGCGCCUCGAAUUCUAUUCGUUGUUCAUGCAAAAGGAAUAUAAUAAUUCGAAAAAACGGGCUUCAAUGAGAAAACUGAAAAUUAUAUGAGAUAAAAAAAAAUACAAAUACUGUGUUUCUAUAACAUCUAUAGACUCGAAUCAAAUGCCUAGGUAUGGAUGUCGGUUGUGCUUGAGGAAUAAUGAAAAGAAGAGAACAAUAUUGGAGGAACGAUUGAUUCAAAGAUCUCAGAGUUAGCCUUGUACUGUAUGUACAAUUUGUUAUUCAGUGUAAAACCAUUUGUUUUUUGGUAAAUGUAUAUAUUAAAAAUGGAGGAGGAAAAAGAGAAAAGAAGGGGAUAAAAAAAGGAUGAGAGAUGGUGAAAAAAAUAACGAAACCUAUCACUAAUUAUUAAUAAUAUUUACUGUCAAGCUAUCCGAGUUAUUCGACUAUGCGAUUAUAAUAUCACGAUAACUAUUAUAAUUAGUUGAAAAGAAAAAAAUGAAAGAAAAAAUAAAGCAGAAACCAAUUUGAGAAAUACUGUGAGACCAGUGUGUACAGAGAGUGUAUGCGUUGUCAGUUUACGUGCUUCAAUUGUGUGAAAGCAGAGAAAGAAAAAUGAAACGAAACAAAAAAAUGAAAUAACAAGAAAACUUGAAAUAAAAAUAGAGAGAGAGAGAGAGAGAGGGGCAAGAGGCUGUGUUGCCCAGCUGCGAAAGAGAAAAUGUAGACGGAUAUGUUGUUGCCAACGUUUAGUGUGUUGCCAAAGUCCCUUAUUUGGGUAAAUGGACAAUGCGGUACAAAGUAAUAUUCGUUACCUUUGUUAAGUGCCUUGAAUCAUCUGACCCAACAAUAACUCGUCGAAUCUCCCUUGUUGAACGAUCCCUAAUCAUUUCUUAGGGAGCAAAUAUACUCCGGAACAAUUUCAAUGACACGAUAUUAAGAAAAAGAAGGUUUUUUUUGUUUUUAAGGCGAUCUCAAGUUUUUCUUCUUUUCUAAAUUAUCGAAAAACACUCGAAAACAAAACAAAUUCCGUUCGAAGAAUUGUCUACAGAAGCAUCUUCAAAGGUUUCCUAUACUACUUUUGUACUGUAUUUGCCAUCGACGUUACGUAUCCAGCUCGGGUCGUACUUGAAAAAAAAAUAUAUAUAUAUAUAUAUAUAUAUUAUUUUCGAAACCAUACAUUUUACGCUCGUGAAACAGGUAAAAACACUACUAAAUCAAAAAAUAUAAAAUGGAAAAAAAACACUAUAUAUAUAUCCCUAUGGACAAUUAAAAAAGAAACUUAAUAAAUGAAUCGAUCAGCAAGGGUAAUCUCCGUGGGCGAAAACGUGUAUGUUUGUAAAUAAUGUAAACAUCCGUAAUAUUGCAUUAAUUUUGAUGAAAUAUUCGCUGAAAAUAAUUUUGGUCGACCUGUGCUUUCACUAAAUUUGCAACCGCUAGUCUCCACGGAUACGUAACGUCCAAUCAUCAUUUAACUUUAUUUGUUACUGAUAUCGAAACCUCAAAUUCAUGCAAAGCUGCUGACGGGAUCGGAAACAAGGACGUAUGAAAACGAUAAAAAUGUCAUUAUAAAAUUGUAAAAGAAAAAAAGAAAAGAGAAGAGAAAGAAAUAGAAAACGAAUGUAUUUGAAAUGUUGAGAAAUGAAAGCGCAAAAAGAUUUGUUCUCAAACUUAUUAUGAUCGGGAUUGUUCGUGAUGAUGAAGUAGUGUCGCCAUUUGGCCUUUAUGCUGUUCUACGCUGCAAUUGAUUCAAGCUUUGCGUACGAUACUGUGAUAUGUCGCUGUUUAUUCAUUUUAUUUCAUAUACGUUCGAAUAAAGCCACUCUCAUACCGGAUGUGAUAUCGUUUGUUUAUCAACGAAAAAAUAAAGAGAAAUAACGAUUAUUUCAUUUCGAGUCUACUUAACGAAGCCUGAACCAAUUUUUCGCUGAAAUUCUCGCAUAGCAAAAAUAACAUUUUCAUUCAUGCGAAUCGAAACGCAAUUUUUCCGAAUACGGUUUUUCGUCUCGUACUUACAGAUUUUUUUGUUCGUCGAACUUUUUCCACGGGGACCAGAAAAGCAUUUGGAACUACUGUCCCUUUUGACGUUUUGAAAAUCAUUUUUUAUGUGGCUCGUUAAACAUUCGAUAAAUUUUCGUAUUAAUUCGCUUGUACAUAUCCAAAAUCAACCUUAUUUUUUCAUCGUUUAUGCAAACUUUACCCAAAUCUUCGUACUAUUUAUUGGAUGAACUGGGGUGACUGAUUUCAUCAAACUUAUGCUAUUUAUAAACGGUAAAAAACACAAAUUUUUAUCAAUUCUGAAAAGGCAAACGUUUUUUCUUUGAAGCUUAUUUCUUUCGUUGCAUCUCCUUAUUGCAGUAAAAAUAAUCAUAUCCAUUUGAACGGCUUAUCUCGAAGCAUUGUUUCUUCAUUAUUAGCAAGCUAUGAAUUUAAUACUUAACAACCGUAAAUGCUGAUUCGAGAGGUUGAAAAUUAUGUUGAUUAAACGAUUUUUAAAAUAAAUGUUUAUUCAAGUUCUAAUUCUCUUACUAAAAAAUUACUCCGUUAUUCGGUCGCGAAUGAAAUUUUAGAUUACCCGAAAAGAAUUCUUGAAUCAGGAAUAAAAUUGAGUUCGGUUGAAAGAGCGUUGGCAGCUCAUUACGUUGUGUAUCACGACAAGAGGAAAGAACAGUAAUUGAGAAAAUAUCUUAGCAAAAGGUACAAAUGGUGAUAACCGCUUUAAGAGAAUUGUGUUUGCGUCGCAAUUAACAUUCGUUGCAAACUCGUAUUCAUUAUAUAGCAGUAACGCGGUUGGAAACGAAUCUGGAACAAAUUUUCGUCUCAACAGUGUUCGUACACGUUGAAAUUUUCUGUACAAAAUUCUGUAAUUUCCGGCAAAAAAAAAUGACUGAAAAUCUCCCUAACGUUUGAAUAUUGAUUUUUCAAAUAUAUAUAAAAACAAAAAAAAAAAAACCACGAAUAGACAAUCCAGCCGCGUUUCCAGGAAAAUUAUUUACUCGUAACGAUUAAGUCGAGAAGUGUUCGUGUGAAUUUGACUUGCAUUAUAAGCUGCUUGAAUGAAAUUCGUGAUUGUGAAAUAAUAUUGUUGUCACGAAUUAUUCGCAUACGCGCAUUCGUAACGAAAAAGUGAAGAAAUGAGGUUCGCUGGGUCGAACUGAUGGUGAGGGAUCGAAUAAUAAAUGAGAAAGAAAACGAAAGAAAACAAAAACUCGAAGACUUCUGGAAAAUCAUAAAUGAAAUAUAAUGCACAUGGAGGGAUAUGGCAUGUUGUUGCUUCUUUCUUCAAUUUCAUUUUUCCUAUAGUUUUUUUUUCUAAUGUAGAGACAAUAAAAAUAAUUGAAUAACUGUGGGAAAUGGUUUCCCCGAUUGAAGCUGUGCGUGUUGUGUGGUUAUGAGAAAACGUGAAGAAAAAAAAAGAAAAUGAAACGAACGAAACAAAAAUAUGAUAAAUACCCUUGAUUAUUUUCAACACCGAAGGCACAUAAGUUGUACAUGAUUGCUGGAAUUAAAGACUCGCCAUAUGACUGAA